CCGACUGCGGAGGAGUUGGUGGUCACGGAGAAACUACUUGAGGUGCUGAAGGCGGCCGGGCAAUUCGAAACCGAGGAGGCCAGUCGCAACCGGUAAGUGACUAGGAAAAGAAAUGCACUGUGCUACUCUGCCUUGAAUUCUGUCUCCAUUUGGCCUCAUUAACGUCUAUUCUUUCGCCGGCGCGGUUUCCCUAGUGAGCUUGUAUUGGGAAAAAUCGACAAAUUGACGCAAGAGUUUGUGUACAAGGCGUCGCUGAAGCACGGGCUGCCCGAGUCAGUUGCGCGCGACUGCCACGGCAAAAUAUUCACAUUUGGAUCGUACCGACUCGGUGUACACGCUGCUGGUGCUGAUAUCGAUACGCUGUGUGUGGCUCCAGCACAUGUCACUCGCGAAGACUUUUUCGAGAUUAUGCACGGGCUGCUCAAGGGCCGCCCCGAGGUCGAGGAGCUGACGCCAGUGCACGAUGCGUUUGUGCCCGUCAUCAAAAUGCAGUUUGGUGGGGUUGAUAUCGACCUGACGUUUGCGUCGCUGCAGUUGCCGACAAUUGCCGAAGACCUGGAGCUGCUGGACACGAAUCUGCUGCGCAACCUAGAUGAUGCCAGUAUUCGAAGUGUCAACGGGUCGCGUGUGACUGAUGAAAUCCUGCGGCUGGUGCCAAACAUACCAAACUUCCGACUGGCGCUGCGGUGCAUUAAGCUGUGGGCCAAGCGGCGUGCGGUGUACUCGAACGCUAUGGGGUUCUUUGGUGGUGUUGCGUGGGCUAUGCCUGUUGCGCGUGUGUGCCAGCUGUACCCGAAUGCGUGCGCGGGUACUAUUGUUGCACGGUUCUUCCGCAUCAUGUUCAACUGGAAAACAAUCGAGGACGGUCCGCUGCAGGUGCGUGUGUGGAAUCCAAAACUGUAUGCUCAGGACGAGGCACACAAGAUGCCAAUCAUUACGCCUGCGUACCCGUCGAUGUGCGCGACCCACAACGUGUCGACAUCAACCAAGACGAUCAUCAUGGCCGAGUUCAAACGCGGUGCUGAAAUCACUGACCGUAUUAUGACCAAAAAGGCGGUCUGGGACGAGUUGUUUGAGAAGAGUGAUUUCUUCUACAGGUAUAGACACUAUCUGCAGGUGAAUGUUACAUCCGAAGACGAAGACGACCACCACCGUCUGCAUGGUUUGGCGGACGCGCGUAUCAGACACUACAUCAUGAAGCUCGAGGAUGACCGAUCAGAUCUCCGCAAGAUCCGCCAGGGAGUCCUGCCCGAGACUGACGCAAGCAGCGAGAGUAAGACGAGCGGUGAGGGUAAGGCCAAGGCUGAGAACGAGGCUGAGAACGAGGCUGAGAACGAGGAGAAGGGCUCUAAGAAGAAGCUGUACACGUCGGCAUUCUACAUUGGGCUGCUGAUUAAGGAACGGCCACGCAUGGAUCUAUCAUGGGCCACCCAGGAGUACAUCAAGCUCAUUAAGGUGCCGGAUCUGUGGAAGGAGGAGUCGAUGUCAAUGACGGUGCGGUUCUUGCGUGGCCCGCAGCUGCCGGACGAGGUGUUUGAUGGUCAGCCGCGCAGCCGCAAACACAAAUCUUUGAAGAAGCGCCAGAGCGAUGGAGCGGCCAGCGACGGGCAGCAGAGUGCCUCUGAGCAACAGAACAAGAAAACCAAAGGUUGCCAUGGAUUCGCUGCCGCACAGAGCAGUGCAGCGAAAGAGUCCAUGCCUACAGCAGAAGCAAGCAAGGCGGCGCUGGCCGAGGCUGGCACCAGCUCCUCUGGGGCGUCGAAGCCUGGCCAAGAGCAGGGUGGAGCAGGCCCAACGGUAAGUAAGUCGGGCGAGGCUAAUGGUGGAGCUCCAGGAGCCACAUCUCAGAAGCCACCGACGCCUGACCUGACCACCCUCCCCACUAUCGCAGCACCAGUCCCUCCUGCCGCAAAAACAGGCGGCAUCAAGCUGAAGCUGGCUGGGUCGUCAUGAAAAGCAGCAUGCUGCCUUACAACUUGUUUUUGCCGUUUUUAGGUGUUGGCCUGAUCCCACUAUUUUAAUAAAUUGACCGCUUGUUCUUUCCGGAUAU